GGUUGGAUUUUUUUGACAAUUUGGUUGGAUAAUAAUAUGGGUUAUGUUAACUUGUGUCCUAAGGGCACAUGUUAAGCUACCUAAAAAUAGAAAUAUAGCUUUUAAUGAUAGAAAACAUUUAAUGUCUAGAGAAUUGAAUACACCACAAGUUCAAUAAAUUUUUUCCACAUUUAUCUCCUUAACAUGUGCCCUUAAGGACACAAAUUAACAUUCUCCUAAUAACAUUAAUAACUUUUCACACCACUUAUGAGACCCUUUUGUGUCACAAUAUUUGUGGUUACCUUAAUUUUUCGAUACCAAAAAAAAAAAAAAUCAUAAAACUCUGUUCUUUUCCUUCCAUAGUCUUCCAUUCCAUUUUUUCUCACUUCCAAAGAAAAAAAGUUCUAACCUUUGAUUUAUAAAACACCAUUUUCUCCAGUUGUGUCCAACCCAAUUGCAAAUUUCCACUCAAUUCUUGUUCAUCACUCAUUUUCAUCAUCUGGGUCAUCCCCAUUUUUCAUCAAUUCAUUGAUGAUGCUAUCACUUGGUUCUGACACUACUGUGUUACUUUUUCACACUAAGAAUCUCAAAUUCACACCAAAGAUUAACACUUUGAAUGUUGAUUCAGCAUUUAGUAGGGGUUUGAGUGGUGGUAGAUUGAACUAUGGUAGUGUUAGAUUGAAACAUAAGCAAUUAGGAGCUGUUGGGAAGAGUUUUGGUACAGAUGAAAAUGAGGAUGAAGAAAAAUCAGAUGAUGAUGUUGUUAAUGCUACAAUUGAAAAGAGUAAAAAGGUUCUUGCUUUGCAAAGGGAACUUAUUCAACAGAUUGCUGAAAGAAAGAAAUUAGUUUCUUCUAUAGACAGUGACAACGUUCCUGGAUUGGAAGGAAAUGGAAUUUCGUAUGAAAGCAGUGAAGAAUCUCUGUCAAGUGGCUCAAAUACACAGGAAAGUUCUUCGACCAGCGCGAGCAGAAAUGCUGUUGAAAACCAAAAUGGUGGCAAUGUUUUAAGAAACAAUGCUUAUUCUAAAGAAAAGGAGACACAAGAUGAUUCGUCUGUAGGCAUUAAUCAAGGUUUUGAUGAACGAAAAAAGAGAAAUGAUGCUGAAAGGUCUUCAUCCUGGCUACAUUUUAAUGAACAACGUAAAAACCUUGUGAGUAGCAUCCAAACGUCUAGCCUAAAGUUUGAAAAUCUGCAACGUGAGAGUGAAUCAAAUUCAAAGGAGGUCUCUAAUGAACCUGACAAUGUUGAGAGUGAUGGUGAAAAUCCCCCACCAUUGGCUGGGGCCAAUGUUAUGAACAUUAUAUUGGUUGCGGCGGAAUGUGCUCCAUGGUCGAAAACAGGUGGGCUUGGAGAUGUUGCUGGAGCAUUACCAAAGGCUUUGGCUCGACGUGGACAUCGAGUUAUGGUUGUUGCACCUCAUUAUGGUGAUUAUGCUGAAACACAAGAUAUAGGAGUACGAAAGAGAUACAAAGUAGCUGGUCAGGAUAUGGAAGUGACGUAUUUCCAGGCUUAUAUUGAUGGUGUUGACUUCGUUUUUAUUGACAGUCCAAUAUUUCGCCAUCUAGAGAGUAACAUAUAUGGCGGAAACCGAGUGGAUAUUCUAAGGCGCAUGGCGUUAUUUUGUAAGGCAGCAGUCGAGGUUCCUUGGCAUGUUCCAUGUGGUGGAGUUUGCUAUGGAGAUGGAAAUCUGGUCUUCAUAGCCAAUGAUUGGCAUACUGCAUUGCUGCCGGUGUAUCUGAAAGCAUAUUAUCGUGACAAUGGUUUGAUGAACUAUACAAGAUCUGUUCUCGUGAUUCAUAACAUAGCUCAUCAGGGUCGGGGCCCGCUUGAGGAUUUCAACUAUGUGGAUUUACCUGGAAACUACAUAGACCUUUUCAAAAUGUACGACCCCGUUGGAGGGGAGCACUUCAACAUCUUUGCAGCCGGUUUAAAAACAGCAGAUAGGAUCGUCACCGUAAGUCACGGAUAUGCAUGGGAACUUAAAACUACGGAAGGCGGUUGGGGUUUGCAUGGGAUCAUAAAUGAGAAUGACUGGAAAUUUAGGGGAAUUGUGAACGGCGUUGACACAAAAGAUUGGAACCCUCAAUUCGACGUUCACUUGAAAUCAGACGGUUACACUAACUACACACUCGCGACCCUACAAACCGGCAAGCGUCAAUGUAAAGCAGCCUUACAAAAGGAGCUUGGUUUGCCUGUCCGCGAGGAUGUUCCUAUAAUUUCUUUCAUCGGAAGAUUAGAUCAACAGAAAGGUGUUGAUCUCAUAGCCGAAGCAAUUCCUUGGAUGAUGAGCCAUGAUGUGCAACUAAUCAUGUUGGGAACCGGAAGACCUGAUUUAGAACAAAUGCUAAGACAAUUUGAAUGCCAACACCACGACAAAAUUCGAGGAUGGGUUGGUUUUUCGGUUAAGAUGGCUCAUAGGAUAACAGCAGGUGCAGAUAUAUUGCUCAUGCCGUCAAGAUUUGAACCGUGUGGAUUGAAUCAACUCUAUGCGAUGAAUUACGGAACGGUUCCUGUUGUACACGCGGUGGGUGGACUCAGAGAUACAGUGCAGCCUUUUAAUCCGUUCGAUGAAUCGGGUGUCGGUUGGACGUUUGAUAGAGCAGAAGCUAACAAGUUAAUGGCAGCAUUAUGGAAUUGCAUAUCGACUUAUAGGGAAUAUAAAAAGAGUUGGGAAGGGAUUCAACAAAGAGGGAUGUCACAGGAUCUUAGUUGGGAUAAUGCUGCUCAACAAUAUGAGGAGGUUCUUGUUGCUGCCAAAUACCAAUGGUGAUUUCUUGGCAUGUACUCCAUCUUUGUAGUUUGAUCAAUAUGAAGGAGAGGAAAAGUCAAUCUCUAUCAUUGUAUGAUUGACAUGAGAAAUAGAAAGGAGUGACAAUAAUGUACAUGAAAGUUAUUUCCUUACUGUUGAGAAGAUAUUGGGAGGAAAGACAAUUUUUUUACAAAGUUUAAAUUGUUCUUUUCUUUAGCAUAUUAAUAUAACAUUCACAAAUAUAUAGUUUCAUAUUAUCUA